AUGUCGAAGUUCAUCAACGCGUACAGCCGCUAUUUUGGUGAUAAAAACUUCGAUGCGACAAAAUUAGGAACAUCCGAGUGUCCAAUUCCAAAGUUUUCGUCGUCAGAUAUUUUAAAUUUAUGCAAAUUAACAAGAUCUGAACUUUCAAACGACAAAUCUUUGCUAUCUCUAGCUGGUGACUUUACUAUUGUUGGUGACUUGCAUGGAAACAUAAGAGAUCUGAUUAGAAUAUUUGCUUUGGCAGGUUCCCCAUUAACCAAUAAGUAUUUAUUCGUAGGAGAUUACGUUGAUAGAGGAAACUUUUCAAUAGAAGUUGUAACACUUCUUCUCGCACUAAAGCAUGAGCAUCCUGACUCAAUUUUCUUAUUACGUGGCAAUCAUGAAUUUGAAGAAAUGAAUGGCAUAUAUGGAUUUCGCGAAGAAUGCCUUAAAGAAUAUGGUCUUGAUGUUUAUGAUGCCUGCAAUAAAUGCUUCGCUUUGAUGCCAUUUGCGGCCAUCUUAAAUGGAAAGGUUUUUGUCGUUCAUGGAGGCCUCAGUCCAACUCUUCUUGAUACAUGCCAGAUUAUGUCAAUUCCGAAGCCUGUUAUUACAUAUAAAUCAACUCCAUACGAACAACUCGUAACAAACAUAGUCUGGAGCGAUCCAACAACAACUACAUCGAACUACGGUCCUUCAACAAGGAAAAUGGGCUGCACAUUUGGCAUAACUGCCCUCAAAAAUUUCCUUUCAUACAAUAAAUUACAAGUUCUCAUUCGUGGACACCAAUGCGUUCAAAAUGGCGUCGAGAAAUUUGAAAACGAUCACCUCUACACUGUUUUCAGCUCUAGUAGUUACUCUAAAUCCAGUGCAAACAAAUCAGGAAUCAUCCAAAUCAUCCAAAAGCACAUUAAAUGCUUUAAUUUCCCUGCGAUACCAGUUCUAAAGCGAGAAGAUGCUGUUUUCGAGCAGUUGUCCCAUGAAACAAGGCCAAGAAAGAACACAUUUACUCUCGGAACAUCAGUUUCGCCAGUAAAGCCAAAUGGAAAGGGUUCUUUAUCUCCGGCAUCAUCACAGACUACUCCUCGCAAGAUGCAGCCAAGUUCUUUGCCAAUCAAAGAAUUUAAAUCCCCAAGACCAGAACUUUCUUCGAUGUUUAUGUCUCCUUCUCAAAUAGAUUCGCCAUCUCCAUCUGGAACACCAAGUUUCUCCUUCAAACGAAGCCCCAGAGUCGAUGAAACACCGAAGAAAGUUUAUCCAUUACCAAAAUCACCAAGAUAA